AUGGUUACUUCCGUUUAUCAAAUUACCAUCAUGAUGAAAUUCAUCUUUGCCCUUUUCUUUGUUUUCUCCAGCAUUUCAUGUCACGAGAUUAUUCAGCAAGUCCAUGAGGAACCCAUUCCCGUUUCACCUCAACAAUUGGCCGCUGAUUCAGUAGAUUUUGAUUGUACUGGUCGAAGUGCAGGUUAUUAUGCCGAUGUUAGCCAAGAGUGUAAAGUUUACCAUGUCUGCACACCAACCGAAUCGGAAACAAUCAGACAUUCGUUCAAUUGUCCAGAGGGAACAGCCUUUGACCAGACAACCUUUACCUGUGAUUUUAUCACCAAAGUUGCUUGUCAAGUUGAUCAAUUUUAA